AUGCACCUGCCGCGAGACAUUUGGGACCAGUCCUUCCCUCCACGAGACCCCCGGGACCAGCCUUCCCCCCCCACAGGACCCCGUGACCAGCCCUUCACACCACGGGACCAGCUCUUCCUGCCACGGGACCAGUUCUUCACGCCACGGGACCAGCCCUUCAUACCACGGGACCAGCCAUUAAUGUCAAGGGACCUUUGGGACCAGGUCUUCCCACCAUGGAACUCCCAGAACCAGCCCUUACCACCAUGGAACUCCCAGAACCAGCCCUCCCCACCGGGACCCCCAGAACCAGCCCUCCCCACCGGAACCCCGGAACCAGCUCUUCCCGUCAUGGGACCUUGGAACCAGCCCUUCACGCCAUGGCACCAGCCCUUCCUGCCACAGAAUCACUUGGACCGGCCCCCGGAACCCCCGGGACUAGCUCAUUCAACAGCGGCACCUCUAGCACCCACCAAUUAG